AUGGGUAUCUUCAAGAAGAAGCGCGUCGUGCAAUUGGGUACCUACCUAUCCGCGGGUUCCCUGCGCCCACCCCCAAUGGAGCAGGAGCCCAGAGAAGACUCGAACCCUCCACAAGUUUACAAGCGUCACAGCCAGCACAAAAUUAACGGCAUCAACAAGCCCAAUCCCACCACCGCUGCACGUAUCGCCAUGGCUAGACAACUCAACACGGAAGAUAGCUACGGAUGCCCUAAUAAGCACUACAAGUCAAGCAGUCACAUAACGAAUGGAACACAACAUCAACGACAGCAACAGCAUUGCCCCCGAGAAGUGCCUUCAACCUCGAAUGCACUCUACCACAUACCAGAUGAGAACGUCACUUGGAAGCCAGACCCAAUCACAACCGAGCCUACGUCUUCAGGCAACCUAUCCACAGAAGGAUCUGACGGCACCAGAGCCUAUACACCAAGGCCUAUUCACCCUGAAGAAAAGACCAUGCCUGGGUCCUGGAAAAACUUGACAGACGAGGUAUAUGAAGAGGUCCAGGGAGACGAAAACACGAAUGAAGAAGAAGUUGAAGGCCUUCACGAUUAUGAGGAUGAGGACUUGUACGAGUCCUUCACAUUCUCGAAGUCCCAUUCCAAACGUCCAGAAUAUGAUUUCGAAUGGGGCUACUACUCAUGGGACGAAGAACGCGAACUUUGGUUCCUUGGCUCUAAAUUCAUCUUCUUCUCCACCACCAGACAAAAUGAGGAGGUCUGGUGUAUCGUCGAUCCAGACAAGGGCAUCACCAUUGCUGUCGAGGAUCGAGAUACCUUUCUCGAAGCCCUUGGCCCCGUGUCUAUCGAUAUGAUGAGCAUCCUCUGCGCCCUGGUGAGAAGAGACGAGUUCGUGAGGGGGAUUGUGGAACGUGGAGAGGUCUCAUGGGGGAAGCAGCAAAAGCCUGCACCAAAGUCCAAACCUAGCCAACCAAUGCGAAUGGCCAAAGAGGAGCACCACAAAAGAGAUUUCGAGAAAUCCAACAUCGAAGAGGCGACUCAAUGGUACGAAAAUUACAUGCAGUCGACCCCUCAGAAUGUGCCUGAGCAACCAAGUCGAUUAGAAGCUAGCAAGCCAUCAAUCAGUCCACAAGUAUCACCACAAACUGCUCCACCAGCAUCCACCAGACGCCCACAAACUCGCCAGGAGCCAGACCAAAAUAAAAACCACCCAAGUACCACCAGACUAAGGCCCAAGUCGACCUGGGAAACUAAUUCGCCAAAUAUCCCUAGAUCGUCACUAAUCAGUCGCCAGGCUCCAUCAGCAAUUGCUCGAACAGCACCGCCCAGCCACCCACAAAGUCUCUACAAGCCAACCCACAACAUCACUCAAAGCACCACGAGCUUGAGACGCAAUUCGACCUACAACACCACUCCUCGCCCAGGUAUUAGCAGAUCAAGCCCCACCAGCGAACUCUCAGGCGAGACCAUGUGCUCGAGGCUAGACAUCACCCUGCCGGAUGGUACGCACGUGGUGACUGAUGGCAUAAGCUAUUACACCUACAAGGACGUGGAGCCAGUGCCAACGCAGCGAGCACCAACAGAAAAGGUUACCAAAAUUGAGCGAGUGAGCCUAGGGACGCGAAUCGGGACUUUCUUGCAGGAGAAGGAGAUUGUGGGCAAGUAUAGUAAGCAUCGAAGUUAUGGGGUGUAG